AACGUCUAAAAGGGCCCUAAUCAGUAAAGUGUUGCAUUUUCUCACACGUAAAAUAUACGAUGUACGCAGGUUUUAACAGUUUAAUCUACCGUUUUUUACCAUAUUCUAGUAAUAUACCAUUUAAAAUUACCUUUAAAUCCCCUUCUAUGCAAUAUAUGUCAAUUGUGUACAGUUUUCAAUACACAUUCCGCCAUUUUUCAAACAUAUUCAGCAGGUCAUAAUAUAUUUAGAAACGACUUGCACGAGAACAAUUUUCCACGAGAACUAUUUGUCAAGCGAUCUACAGGGAAAAAUAUUUUGUCAGUGGAAAGAAACAACUCGAUAUUUAUACAUGAAAAAUGUUGAUGGUUGGUGCAUUAGCUCUUCUUAUAAGUAUAACAGUAGAAGUGUCAGGCUCAGUUUUAACAUAUACCCUUGAUCAGCCAAAUUUAUGCCAUUUAAAAAAUGUUGUCACAAAAUGGCUAGGGGAUGACGAUAUUGUGUUAAUCAAUGCAAAAAGCACAGUGGACAGUGAUGGUCUUUUCCCAGAAUGUGUUGUCAAGUUUGGUCCCAGCUCAGAAUCUGUGAAGAAAACGGUGAAGUUAAAGAUUGAAUCAUUUUACAUCAAUUCCUGUGGAGUAUAUUUAGCUGUUGAACAAUCACCAAAAGCGUUUUUCAGUGAGAGUGUGUCAACAUUGUUGAAUUUCUCCUGUGAAACAAAACCUGCAUCAGAAAGAAUAUACCAUGCUGAUGCCAACAACAAUAUUAAGAUAUUUCUACUGAAAAGAGACAAAUAUUUGCUGGAUUAUAACUUUAUAUUGAAUGUAACAUUAGUUGAUCAUGAGGAAGUGGAGACAGGUAUUUCGCCAGCCAUAGUGAUUGGUAUUUGUGUAGUUGUAGCAAUCGCUGUUGUUGGAGCACUAUGUAUUGUAUACCGCUACCUGAAGAUAAAGAAGUUCUCGAAGCAACAGUUUGAGGCUGAUGGGGUGUUCCAGCAACACAACUUGUCUCACCAGACGCAAGACUCUCCCAUGGGAUCUACCAGAUAUUCUAACCUUCCUUUAGGAGAAAUAGAAGCUUCUGGUAGUGUCCAUAGUCAGACAUGUAUUGUUGGUUCCUUGGGGUCAGAUGGUUUAUGCACUGUAUGCCACAGACAUCAUGAUGAUUUUGCUCACGUUGUAGACAUCGGGCCUAACGGAGAAAUCAUGGAAACACAUGACAGUCAUUCUCAUCCACAUCACCAGACAUCACACAUACGUUCAGUUGAAAGAGACAAUGCAGUGUUGCGGUCUGACAGCCGGAGUUCAACCCCAAGAAGCAGGCAUGUGCAUAAUGUUCAUUUAGGUGCACAUAGACAAGGUCAACCGCUGACAGACUCGACGUCAAGAUUGGUGCCACCUGCUAGACAGCAGGUUCAUCAUAGCAUGUUAUCAAGUAGUGGUGAAUUAAUGGUGGAUGAUGAUGAUAUUGACAUGGAUGUAAGCGGUAAUGAUUUAAUCCCACCCUCUUAUGACUUGUCACCCCCUUCAUAUGAUGAAGCAGUAAAUAUGCCAAAGCCAGAGGAAGAUUUACAAGUUCAUACAGCAGUGUCACAACAUCAGGAUGUUUCCGAAACAGAUCCACUGUAUCAAAACAUUGAAUCCUUGCCUAGAGGCUUAAGAUGAAGGUCAAAUUAUAGUUAUUUUUGGAGAAAGAUUACAUCAAAACCAAAGAAAGUGCUCUAUACCUUGAAACAAUGCAUUAACUUGAACAGAAUCAUUUAUGAAUUUUGAAUUCAUAAGCUAAUUUUCAUAUACAGAAUGUGUAAUUUGACAUAGACUUUUUGUUAGCUUGAAUAUGGGAAGAAUAGUGAGAGUUAUUCUACUUAACCAGAUGUUGAUGCUGGCAUUUUUGCAUUCAAAUUCGUAUAUCAUGGGCAUAAACCCUUUUUUAUGCCCCAGAAGGGAGGCAUAUUAGUUUUCAACUGUCCGUCCGUUCGUUCGUUAGUUAGUUCGUCACAUUAACUUUUGCAUUAAGGCACUUUACUCGCGAACCACUGCACCCAGGACCUUCAAACUUCACUUGCUGAUAGUACUUAUUGAGUACACCACCCCUACUGACUGGGGUCACCAGGUCAAAGGUCAAGGUCACAGGGGCCAACGUUAACUUUUUGCAUGAAGGCACUUUACUCGCGAACCACUGCACCCAGGACCUUCAAACUUUACGUGCUGAUAGUAUUUUAUGAGUACACCAACCCUACUGACUUUGGGGUCACCAGGUCAAAGGUCAAGGUCACAGGGGCCAACGUUAACUUUUUACAUGAAGGCACUUUACAUGCGAACCACUGCACCCAGGACCUUCAAACUUCACAUGCUGAUAGUACUUACUGAGUACACCAGGUCAAAGGUCAAGGUGCUGCGGGGGCAUUUGUCACCAUUAGUGACAGCUCUUGUUGUUGGAUUAAAUUUAAAUUAUGGUCUUUUUUCUACAUACAAAAUGUGGUUAAAGCAUGCAGUAGUCAAGCUGUUACUAUCAUAAAUUAAUCAAGAUGUCUGUCUUAUCAAACCUACUUUCAUACCAAAUUUAGUGAACUAUUUGUUUUGCAAAUAACGGAUUGACUUGGAAAAUUUGAUUGCAGUUUUGCAUGCAAGUUGUUAUCAUUAACUGUAAUAAAGAAUUAUUUGUAAUAACUGCAGUGCGUGAAUCCUGUUACUUUUGUUUAAGUUUUGCCAAGUUAUGGCCAUUGUUUGACUUGAAAAUGUCAUAUAGUCAAGCAUACUGGCUUAUGGAUAGCUCUUGUAUUAUAUAUUAAUCUUAAAUUUGGUUGAAUGAUUGUUAUGAGUAUUUUCAUAAACAGCUGCAUUGUGCUCAAUUGUUUGACAGGGUAUCUUCUCUCACAGACAGUAAUGCAGUUAAGUUAUUCAGGAUUUUUAUCUUUGCAUAGGUAUUUAAGUAGAAUUGGUCAUGGCUAUAAAUUAUGAUAAACUUUUGUAGUCAGUGCAUGACCUUUAUUCCUUUUAAGCUGGUAUGUCAGAGGUCAAGGUCACAGUGACUUAUAAACCCUGAAAAUCACUUGGGUCUGUUGCCUUUAAAGGAUGAUUAUUGUUUUCAGAUUGUGAGAUUGGAGGUAACAGUCAUAAAAUAUUUGAGAC